AUGGUCAGAAUCAAAAAGGGGGGAGCCAUGGAUCUUUAUGAAGUCAUGCGGACAACAUUUGCCGCACGGGAAUUUACUGACGAUCCAGUGUCAGAUGAACAGAUUUUCAAGCUGCUCGAGAACGCGCGGUUCGCCCCCAGUGGUGGCAAUCGCCAGGGCUGGCGGGUGGUCAUCGUGCGGGAACAAUCCACUAAAGAUGCGUUGGGUCCAUUAAUAGAACCUACCUUGCGCCGCUACGCCGCUCAGGUCGGCCAUGGUGAAGCACCCUGGAACACGAUUGUGCCAACCACCCUGACGCAAGCAGAAAUUGACGCCACAUCGGUACCGCAUCAACUCAUUAACGCCAUCACCCAGGCACCGGUGGUGUUGAUGGUGUUCGUUGAUCUGGCGGUGGUUGCCUCAUUUGAUAGCGAACUACCGCGAAUUGGCGUGAUUUCCGGCGGUUCGGUAUACCCGUUUGUCUGGAAUAUUCUGCUGGCGGCACGCAACGAAGGUUUGGGCGGGACGUUGACCACCUUUGUUGGCGGUCAGGAAGAUAAGCUGAAAACCCUGCUCAACGUACCUGAUCAAUAUGCCUUCGCCGCGAUGAUUCCUCUGGGCAAGCCAGUGAAGCAGCUGACCAAACUGAAGCGCCGCCCGGUAGAGGCGUUUACCACCUUCGAACGUUUUGAUGGAGGUAAGAAAGACGUCAACUCUGCUUACGCCAGAUACGUUCUGUUUGUGCUCAUUGUGGUGUAUAUCUUCAAUUUCAUUGAUCGUCAGAUCAUUUCUAUUCUGGCAGAAGAAAUUAAAGCGGAUCUGGGUAUUGGAGAUGCCGAGAUAGGUUUUCUUUAUGGGACGGCCUUUGCGAUCUUCUACGCGGUUUUUGGCAUUCCGCUGGGUAAGCUGGCAGAUGUAUGGAACCGAAAGAGCCUGAUUGCUAUCGGUUUAUCCUUCUGGAGUCUGAUGACCGCUUUGUCCGGUUUUGCCAAAAGCUACACUGGGCUUGCCAUCUGUCGCUUUGGUGUGGGUGUUGGUGAAGCCAGCGCAACCCCUGCGGCGUUUUCGAUGCUGUCGGAUUAUUUCUCGCCGCGAGUGCGUGCAACGGUACUGGCGAUUUAUUCCAGUGGUAUCUAUAUCGGCGCGGGUAUUGGUCUGUUCCUCGGAGGGGCGGUGGUGGAAGCCUGGUAUGCCUGGUAUCCCGAUCCAGGUAUGGCGCCGCUGGGGAUUAAACCCUGGCAGGCUGCGUUUCUAACUGUGGGCCUGCCCGGGCUGGUGGUAGCGGUCUGGGUCUGGACGAUAAAAGAGCCGAUCCGCGGUGCCAGUGAAGGCCUGCUGACCACCCCGCAUCCCACGCCUUUCAAGGCUACUCAGAAUACCCUGUUCAGCGUUUUGCCGGGUUUGUCGCUGGUUACCCUUUAUAAGGCUGGCGGUAUAAGAGCGGUCAUGGAGAACCUUGUUGCCCUGGCGAUCAUCACCGGGUUGUUCUUUGUAUUUUAUAUGUUGAUGCCAACGGCUCUGCAGUGGAUAGCCCUUGGCGCUGGCGUCUAUAUCACUGUGAGUUGGGUGCAGUAUCUGCGCCUCAAUGACCCUGCCUGUUUUGCCAUGAUGUUCAAGUCUAAAGCGUUUGUGCUGGCGUCAAUCGGCUUCCCCAGCAUCUCUUUUGUCACUUACGGCCUCGGCUUCUGGUCAGCGCCGUUCAUGCAGCGCGUGCACGGCGAGUCGAUUGCAGAUGCGGGUCUGUAUCUGGGUCUUGGUUCAGCUAUUGGUGGUUUUAUCGGCAUCGUCCUCGGCGGCUUUCUGGCGGAUAUGUGGAAAGCAAAAAACGUCAACGCACGAUUGUAUAUCGGCCUGGCGAUCCCGAUCCUGGCAACGCCAUUCGGUUUGGGCUUCCUUUAUACAGAUAGUGUGCUGGUCGCGUAUCUCUGCAGCUUUGUGUUCAGUAUCUUGUCACCCGCAUGGAUUGGCUCUGGUGCCAGCACCAUUAAUGACCUGGUCAUGCCACGCAUGCGUGCAACAGCGUCUGCAUAUUACGUCCUUAUGAAUACUUUCCUCGGCCUGGCUCUGGGUCCAUACCUGAUUGGCCAGAUCAGCGAUUUGAAUACUGUCGCGGGACAGGCCUCGGAUGAAGCCCUGCGCAAUGCAGUGACCAUGGGACUGGCGGUUUUUCUGUUCAGUAUGUCGUUUCUUUUUCUGGCGCUGCGCUAUCUGCGCAGCGAUGAAGAAAGCCGGCUAUCGCGUGCGCGUGCGUUGGGUGAAGCGGCGCUGAAUGACCCAGAUCUUCUGGGUGAAUGUAUCGCAGGUUGCCAACACGUAAAAAAGAUCGACGAUGAACAUUUUGAUGUCGCGGUUAAAGCCAAAAUUGGCCCGGUCAGCGCUACCUUCCAGGCGGAGCUUGAACUCGCAGAUCUCAAGCCGCCGGAAAGUUAUGUGAUUAAAGGUAACGCUAAAGGGGGAGCCGCAGGAUUUGCGAAAGGUCAGGCUGCCGUCAAGUUGGCCGAAGAUCAGGGCGCUACUGUGCUCACCUAUGAGGUAGCAGCCAAUGUUGGCGGCAAGUUAGCUCAGGUAGGCAAUCGCCUGGUUGAAGGCGCUACGCGAAAAAUGGCGGAUGAUUUUUUUGCCGCAUUUUCUAAACGUCUGGAUCCGAGCGCAGUUGCUGCACCGUCCGCUGAGGAUGCUGUUGAUGUGGCGGAUCAGUAUGAAGAAAGCGGGCAAUGGAAAAUCUGGGCAAUCGCUUUCGGGGUUUCUUUUAAAGUUAAUGGUCAGGCACAUGAGUUUGAUGUGCCGCCAAAUACACUGCUGGUCGAGGUAUUGAGAGGUCAGCUUGAGCUCACCGGCACCCAUGUGGGUUGUGACACUACCCAGUGUGGUGCCUGCACGGUGCACCUGAAUGGUCGCGCGGUGAAGUCCUGCACGGUGCUCGCACCGCAGCUGGAGGGCGUCGACGUGACAACCAUAGAAGGCAUCGGCAACAGCGAAGACCUGCACCCGAUGCAGGCGGCCUUCCGUGAAUGUCACGCGUUGCAGUGUGGCUUCUGCACGCCAGGCAUGAUCAUGCAGGCGAUUGAUCUGGUCGAACAGAACCCGGGUCUGGAUAAGCAGGCUAUUCGCGAAGGUCUGGAAGGUAAUAUCUGUCGUUGUACGGGUUAUCACAAUAUUGUCCGGGCGAUCGCUUCAGUUGCCUCCGGCACCGCAGACGAGGAUAUAGACAUGAGUGAAGUGGUUGCCCAGGCAGAAGCAGAAAAUCAGGGUAUAGGCGCGUCGGUCAGGCGGCGUGAGGACUUACGAUUUAUCACCGGUGAAGGUCGUUACACUGACGAUAUAAAUCAGCCAGGCCAGCUGUACGCGGUGUUUUGCCGAAGUCCAUAUCCUCGUGUGCGGAUUAACAGCAUAGACGCGACCGAAGCAUUAGCUUUACCUGGUGUGGUUGCCGUCUACACAGGGCAGCAGCUGGUGGACGACGGUCUUGGUGAUCUGCCCUGUGGUUGGAUGGUCAAGAGCAAAGAUGGCGCAGAUAUGAUUUCUGCGCCUCACCCACCCAUGGCGGCUACGGUGGCUAACUAUGUAGGUGAACCCUAUGCGCUGGUAUUGGCCGAAACACUGCAGAUCGCCAAGCAGGCAGCAGAACUGGUCGAGACAGAUUUCACAGAACUCAAUGCGGUAGUCGAUCUGGCUCACGCGUCGGGUUCAGAGAAUAUUUAUGAGGGUAUUGAGAACAACCUGGCGUAUGAAUGGGCCCUGGGUGAUGAAGAUGCCACCAAAAUGGCGUUUGCCCGGGCGGCACACGUUACCACCCUUGACCUGACUAACAAUCGCCUGAUCCCCAACGCGCUCGAACCGCGGGCCUGUCUGGGUAUUUAUGAGCGUGGAACGGGAGAUUACACACUGUACACCACAAGUCAGAAUCCGCAUCUGGAACGGCUUGUGCUGUCAGCGUUUGUGCAGGUUGCACCUGAACACAAGCUGCGCAUUAUCGCCCCGGACGUAGGUGGAGGAUUCGGUUCAAAAAUCUUCAUCUAUUCUGAAGAAACAACGGUGAUCUGGGCAGCAGGGAAAAUUAAGCGGCCUAUCAAAUGGGUUGCUGAACGCAGCGAAAGUUUUCUUGCAGAUGCCCACGGCCGUGAUCACAUCACGCGCGCGGAACUGGCCAUUGAUGAAAUGGGUCGGUUCACCGGUCUGCGUGUGAAAACCACCGCAAACCUGGGCGCCUAUCUGUCUACCUUUGGCUCUUCUGUACCGACGUAUUUAUAUGGCACGCUGCUCGCCGGCCAGUACAAAACACCAAACGUUUAUGUCGAGGUCCAAGGUACCUACACCAACACGGCACCGGUGGAUGCCUACCGCGGCGCCGGGCGUCCUGAAGCAACCUAUGUGGUUGAGCGAAUUGUGGAUCAGGCUGCGCGGGAGUUGGGGAAAGAUCCCGCUGAUCUGCGCAGAAUGAAUAUGAUUCAGCCUGAAGAUUUUCCUUACGAAACCCCGGUUGCUCUGACUUAUGACACCGGCAACUACGAAGCGAGUCUUGAUAAGGCGCUGGAGAUGAUUGAUUACGCCGGUUUUGAGGCGCGUCAGGCGCAAGCUGCCGAACACGGUAAGCGGCGCGGCAUCGGGCUUGCCUGUUAUAUCGAAGCCUGUGGGCUUGCGCCGUCGAAACUGGCCAUAGAACUUGGUGCCGGUGUGGGGCUGUAUGAAAGCGGUGAGAUACGCAUGAACCCAACAGGUUCGGUCAGUGUUUUUACCGGCUCUCACAGUCAUGGCCAGGGCCAUGAAACCACCUUUGCCCAGGUUGUCUCGGAUAAGCUCGGAGUCGGUUACGAAGAUGUAGAAGUGAUUCACGGUGACACCGGCCGCAUGGAAUUUGGUCUGGGCACCUAUGGUUCGCGGUCGCUGGCGGUUGGUGGCUCUGCGUUGAUUGUUGCGGCGGAAAAGAUCAUCGAGAAAGGCCGUAAAAUUGCUGCCCAUAUGAUGCAGGCGCAGGUAGAACAGGUCGAUUUUGAAAACGGUCAGUUCACUCUGCAGGACAGUAAUCAAUCGAUGUCGAUACAGGAAGUUGCAUUUGCAGCGUAUGUGCCAGCGGAUUAUCCCGAAGAUCUUGAGCCUGGUUUAACCGAAAAAGCUUUUUAUGAUCCUAACAACUUCACUUAUCCCGCGGGCACACAUAUCGCUGAAGUGGAGGUCGAUCUGGACACCGGCGUUGUCCAGCUGGUUGAUUUUGUUGCGGUGGAUGACUUCGGCCACAUUAUUAAUCCGUUGAUUGUCGACGGGCAGGUACAUGGUGGUGUGGCUCAAGGCGCUGGUCAGGCACUGAUGGAACACGGUAUUUAUGAUGAAUACGGUCAGCUGCAGACGGGUUCUUUUAUGGACUACACCAUGCCGCGGGCAGAUGACCUGCCCGAUUUUCGCGUAGAUACGACAGUAACGCCCUGUACCCACAACCCGCUGGGAGUUAAAGGCUGUGGCGAGGCGGGUGCGAUUGGUUCACCGGCGGCAAUUAUGAAUGCGCCAGCCAACAUCAGUGAAGCGGUGAGCCUGUUUCGUAACGCCGAUGAUCCGAUGUAUCUCAGUGGUGGUAUGACGCUGAUUCCCACGAUGAAGCAGCGCCUUGCAGCGCCAACUGACCUUAUUGACCUGUCUGACAUUCCGGAAAUGUCAGGAAUCGAGGUUGCGGCGGACAAAGUCCGUAUUGGCGCAUUCACUCGACACAAUCAGGUUGUCAGUUCUCCUGAAAUCAACGGGGCGUUACCUGUUUUGUCGCGUCUGGCGAGUCUGAUCGGUGAUAAUCAGGUGCGUAAUCGAGGCACCAUCGGUGGCUCCGUUGCUAAUAGUGAUCCAUCUGCUGACUAUCCCGCCGCUGUGGUGGGUCUGGGCGCAACGGUAUAUACGCAGGACCGUGCCAUAUCCGGCGAUGAUUUCUUUCUGAAUCUGUUUGAAACAGCUCUGCAUCCCGGUGAAAUUAUUACGCACAUAGAUUUUCCGAUUCCAACUCGAGCGGCUUAUCAGAAGUUUCCUAAUCCAGCUUCGCGAUAUGCUGUGGUAGGCGUGUUGAUUGCAGAUUUCAGCGGCACAAUACGCGUUGGUGUUACCGGCGCAGGGCCUUGUGCCUGCCGCGCCAGUGGCAUAGAAAAGAUGUUGAACCAGGACCUGACUGCUACAGCCAUCGACGCCGUAGAAGUUCCUGAUGCAGGUUUCAACAGCGAUUUACAUGCGUCAGCUGAAUACCGUGCGCACCUGGUCAAAGUUAUGGCGCGCAGGGCGCUGGCUGAUCUGCUGCAACAAUAG